CUCUCCUCCUCCUCUGCUUCCUUCCCUUCACCGCCCUUCUUCCCUUUUUGGACCCUCCUCCUCUCUUCAACCUCUUGCGGCUGUGCCAAUCCCCCCCUGUUCUCUGAUUGAUCCAUCGAUCUGGUCCCUCCUCGUCCCCCCUUCCCCUCCCCUUGCUUGCUUGCUUGCUCAGGUAAAAAAAAAGGAGCAGGAGGAGCUGCUGCACUGCACAAGCAGAACCCCUCCCCUCUCUUUGUUCGCAAGAUUCUCCCUUUCUUGUCAUAUGCCCCGCAAAGGUUUUGUUUCCACUGUCGCCGCUCCGGCCGAGCAAAGCACCUGCUGUUCUUGCCACUUCCGAUCUCUGCGUGCGCCCGCCCGCCCUCUUUCACGCCCCCCCAACCCCCACCCCCACGGGCGCAUUUGAUUUCUUUGCAGGUGCAGCCGUGCAGGUGAGGUGAUCGCGCGUGGAUGGGAGUUCAGACAAUGUCGUCCCACUCCCACGGCGACGACGGCCGCCGCGGCCUCCCGCGGCAGGGCUCGGUCUACGGCCUCACGCUGACCGAGGUGGAGACGCAGCUGGGCGAGCCGCUGCGGACCAUGAACCUGGACGACCUCCUGCGCACCGUGCUCCCGGCCUCCGCCGCCGCCGCCGCAGGCCCGCCCCCGCCCCCGGCCCCGGCGGCCAAGAAGACGGUGGACGAGGUGUGGCGCGACAUCCAGAGCGCCGGCGGCGGCGGCGGCGGCCGUCAGCCCUCCAUGGGCGAGAUGACGCUGGAGGACUUCCUCUCCCGCGCCGGCGUCGCCGUCGAUGCCGCCCCGCAUUGGAUGCACCAGUACCCGCAGCAGCAGCAGUACGCGCUGCCGCGGCCCCUACCGCUUCCCGGCCCGGCUCUGGACGCCGCGUACCACGGCGACCGGCCAGGUGUUUUCCUCUCGCACUCGCAGGUGGCCGGGCGGAAGCGCGCCGCCACGGGGGCCGUGGCCGGGGACGGCGUCGUGGAGAGGACGGUGGAGCGGCGGCAGAAGCGCAUGAUCAAGAACCGCGAGUCCGCGGCGAGGUCCCGGGCCAGGAAGCAGGCGUACACCAACGAGCUGGAGAACAAGGUGGCCCGGCUGGAGGAGGAGAACAAGCGUCUCAUUGAGCUCAAGGUGCUGAAACCACUGGAGCCACUGGAGCCGCCACCGGCGGAGCAGAACAAGAAGCAGCCGCCGCCGCAACCGAAGAGGAAGCAGCCGCAGCCACCGCCACCGCCUCCGCCGCCGAUUCAGCAGCUGCCGCCGAAGCACCGCCACGACCUCCGGCGAACGAAUUCCGCCACUUUCUGAUGACGAGGGCACGGGGGGGGGCUCUCUCUAGGGCGUCUACGGGGGGGUACUGUACUGUACUGUACUUGGGAUGCUUUGAGAUGUGAAUGAACAAAACCCUGCUCUGCUUGCAGAGACUCUGGUGGUCUGUGGAUGGGUGCGUGCGUGCCGCCGUUGCAGUGAAAGCUAGCAGUGUUGAUGUGCAUUAAUCGUGUUGUUCGUUGUUCCAUC